CUGAGACAAGAAGUUUGUGCCUACUCAACAGCUUAAAAAAAAAAGCACACGUCCCAACGCUGCACCAAGCCCUCCUUAUCCUCCCCGCACCUCGUCCUCCUCUGGGGUGUGGAGAGGGCUGCUGUCUGCUAGUCUUUUCAGUUUUGACCUUUUUCUUUGUCAAUUGCAGACCGAAUCCCUCCCUCCCUGAUCUUUUCCCCCUUCCAUUCCCUCAGUCUUUCUCUUGUAUUUCUGUUCACUAUUUUUCAAAAGCAGUGUUCAUACACCUGCACUUGCCUUUUUAUUUGAACAUUUUUUUUUUUUUUUUUUUUUUUUUUUUGCAACUUUUUGUAAUUAGAACGUGUGCCAGAGAGGCGAACCUUACAAGUGUUUGUGCGCGAUUGAUUGGUCCAAAUCAUUACAGCCUUCCAAGACAACAGAACAAGAUGGAGGCCUCUGAUACCCCUGUUGCUGUCCCCACCCCCUCCACCUCAAGUCAGCCAAUCCCCCGCUCCGCCUCAGUCUCAUGCCAUGUCUCUCGUGCAUCAGGGGGCAAAAAGCAAAAGCGGACCCCCUUGUAUCAGCAAUCUAUGAGUUUUGACCCCAGUCUGCUGCAUAAUAAUGGCCAUGGUGGCUUUGCCAAUGGAACGAGCUUGGGAGUUCGUGAGACGGGAGUGGUUGAAAAACUGCUAGCAUCAUACGGUUUCAUUCAGUGCUCUGAGAGACAGGCCCGCCUCUUCUUCCACUGCUCUCAGUACAACGGCAACCUGCAGGAGCUGAAGAUCGGAGACGAUGUGGAGUUUGAGGUGUCGUCUGAUAGACGCACUGGCAAACCAAUUGCGGUGAAGCUGGUAAAAAUCAAGGCAGAAAUGUUGCCAGAAGAGCGAAUUUCUGGGCAGGUGGGGCCUGACUUGCACGCCUCUCCUUUAACUGUGCUGCAUGGUUUUAUUCAUCCAGUAGUGUCAGCUAUCCCCUCUCACUUGGACGGGAAGUCCGCACCCGGCCAAGUGCCCACAGGCAGUGUGUGUUAUGAGAGGAACGGGGAAGUAUUUUAUUUGACCUACACCCCUGAGGAUAUCGAAGGAAACGUUACUUUAGAUACUGGAGAUAAAGUCUGUUUUUACAUGGAGACCAACAAGCAUACUGGUGCUGUUAGUGCUCACAACAUUGUAUUGGUAAAGAAGAAACAGUCAAGAUGUCAGGGAGUUGUUUGUGCUACCAAGGAGGCCUUUGGAUUCAUUGAACGAGGAGAUGUUGUGAAGGAGAUCUUCUUCCACUACAGUGAGUUUAAAGGAGAUCUGGAGGCUCUACAAGCUGGAGAUGAUGUGGAAUUCACCAUUAAAGAAAGAAAUGGCAAGGAAGUGGCCACAGAUGUGAGACUGUUGCCUCAGGGCACUGUUAUAUUUGAGGACAUCAGUAUUGAGACUUUCGAGGGAACUGUCGCCAAGGUUAUUCCCAAGGCCCCCACCAAGAAUCAGAACGACCCACUGCCUGGGCGAAUCAGUGCCAGAAUUAAUUUCACUGACAAAGAGCUGCUAUUCGGGGAGAAGGACACCAAGUCCAAAGUGACGCUGCUUGAGGGAGACCAUGUCCAGUUCAAUAUAUCCACCGACCGUCGGGACAAACUGGAGAGAGCGACAAAUAUCGACAUCCUCCCUGACACUUUCCAUUUCACAAAGGAGACCCGUGAAAUGGGUGUGAUAGCUGCCAUGCGUGAUGGUUUUGGCUUCAUCAAAUGUGUGGACCGUGAUGCCCGAAUGUUCUUUCAUUUCAGCGAGGUUCUGGAAGAGAGCCAACUGCACAUUUCUGAUGAAGUGGAAUUCACUGUUGUCCCUGACAUGCUGUCAGCCCAAAGGAACCAUGCAGUGCGGAUCAAAAAGCUGCCCAAGGGCACAGUGUCGUUCCACACUCAAUCUGAGCUGUGUUUUGUGGGGGUGGUAGAGAAAGAAGCUGUGCCUGCUACCAACAACAAGAACUCCAGCCCCAGCAAGGGCAAAGAGAAGGAUGCAGAGGAAGGCGAGAUUGCGUAUGAAGACAGUGGAGUGAAGAGCACUCUUCCCUAUUAUAUUAAAGACCUGGAGGGAGGCGCUUACCCACAGCUUGGAGACAAGGUGGAGUUCUCCAUCAGUGAGGUGAAACGCACCGGACAGCAAAGCGCUGUGUCCCUCAGGAUCCUUAAUCGUGCUGUUGGCACCAAGAGGCUUCUGGGAUACAUAGCAACACUGAAGGAUAACUUUGGCUUCAUAGAAACAGCCAAUCAUGAUCAGGAGAUUUUCUUCCACUACAGUGAGGUAUGUGGGGAUGUGGAUAACAUGGACCUGGGGGAUACAGUGGAGUACACUCUCUCCAAGGGCAAAGGAAACAAAAUCAGUGCUGAGAAGGUCACCAAAGUUGCAGCUGUGAAUGGAGUAGGAGAGGAUGUGAGUAAUACCAUGUUCCUGGGGAAAGUUGUUCGGCCCUUGCGCAGUGUGGACCCCUCUCAGACUGAUUAUCAAGGCCUUAUUGAGAUCACAGAGGAAGGAGCCAGUAAGGGUCAGAGUUAUCCGUUCGGCAUCGUUGGUAUGGCCAAUAAAGGUGACUGUCUGCAAAAGGGUGAGAUGGUGAAGUUUCAGUUGUGUACAGUGACCCAGACAGGACAAAAGAUGGCCUGCAACAUUGUGCCUCAGCGUAGAGCCCUGGUGGAGUGUGUCAAAGAUCAGUUUGGUUUCAUCACAUACGAAGUUGGAGAGAGCAAAAAGCUGUUUUUCCAUGUCAAGGAGGUUCAGGAUGGUCUGGAGCUCCAGGCCGGAGAUGAAGUGGAGUUUUCAGUUAUCCUGAACCAACGCACAGGCAAAUGCAGUGCCUGCAAUGUUCGCAGAGUCAGUGAGGGUCCAAAACCAGUAGCAACACCUCGUCCUGACCGACUGGUCAAUCGCUUGAAGAGCAUCACUCUUGAUGACACCAACGCCCCCCGUCUUGUCAUUAUAAGACAGCCUCGUGGCCCAGACAAUUCAAAGGGCUUCAAUGUAGAGAGGAAAUCCCGCCAACCUGGUGUUACUGACUGAGUACUGUUCACCCCUGUCUUCUUCCUCCUCCUCCUCCUCACUAUGGAAGAAACACCUUGAACAUAAGCAAUCAGACAGAGGGCAGAGGAAGGGAUUUGUGUGUGUCUGUCUCUUUCGCUCUCAUUUUAUCUCUCUCACCCAUAAACACAAUUCACAGAGUAACAAACAAAUCAAGACUUGAAAAUUAGCACACAUAAUUCCCUUCGUGUCAGGAUCCCUUGCAAAAAAAAAUUCUCAUCUCAUUGUCUUCAUUGUAUGUGUGACAUUUUUGUCUGGUUGUAAUUUGAGCAAAACCCCUCGUGUUGUAUGAGCGUGUGCGUGGUAUGCAUCACGUUUGGAAAAAGUAAACUUGCAAGGUUAUGCAGAGGAUAUGAGGGGAAAGGGUUUUGUAGUUCUCACAUCUUUAGAUUGAGAUGUGGGCACUGUUUGACCUGUUUUUCGUUUCUGCUGAAAUUGAAAUGCCAGGAAUUCUGCACCUGCUGCUGUGUGAGUUAUUGUUUUAGAGUAGCUUUGCCUGUCUGUGUUUUGACUUCCUUUAUAUAUACUUUAUUCUUCCUGUAUCACUUGAAUUCUUCCCAUGUUGAGUUUUUCACCCAGGUGAAGUCGAGAUAUUGCUAGGCUCUUUCUGCUGAGAAAAAUAAUGACUUUGAGGUUCUUUUCACUCACGUUUUCCAUACCAAUUCCUUUGGUUUUAACAUGGAUCUGAAAACUUAAUAAAUUUUCUCUGCGCUCGGAACCCGCUUGUGUAUGGUUUUUGAUAUAUAAAUGACUAUUUUUGAUUAUUUUCAAAAAUAAAUUGGCUUUUGUUUUUUUUAAGGAACCUUUUUUUUAUUAUUCCUGUCCUGAUUUCACAAGCUCAAUCGGUGUAUGGGCAAGUGCAGAAUUCCUAAUGGCAUCUUGUAGCCUGCAGUCCUUUUUUUUUUAUAUAGCUCUUUUUCUUUGCACAUGUAAUUGAAUUUUUUUCCCUUUGAGUUCUACUUCAUGUCUGCUAAUGAAGAAAUUAAUAAAGAAAAAGGUGCCUAAAAACAAACAAAAAAAUUAAAAGAGAAAAAUUGGUGUCUCUAUCCCCGAACAGCCACCAAAAUAUAAGAGCAGGUUCAAAUAUACUCUAAUGUAUGCUUUUACUUGGGUGGACUUUUUGAAAACCAGAAUAGAAUAAAAUGAGCAAAUGUGUGUAGAACAUGAAAAGUGGGGGAAGUGUAAUGAGCAAAAUUUAAAAACAUGCAAAGAAAAUUGAUUAAAUGGAUAGAGUGCUAAUCAUGGAUAGAUUUGCAGUGCUUCUUAUGACAUAUGGAGCUAUUUCUGUCUUGAGUAUUCUCUGGAGCACCCUGGGUUUGUGUUGAACCUUAAGGUUCUCCUAUAUACUUUUGUUAAUGGUCUUGAAUGAAACAAUUGAAAUAAACAUUUUAUGAGAAUGAAA